CCGGCUCAACCACAUCUUGUUGUCCCGGGAGAACUGAUCGCGUCUUCAAAAUUUUGGAUGAGAGGUCAUGGAACAUUUGUUGAAGACGGAAUGACUAUUAGGAGUAGCUUGGCUGGGACGAUCGAAAGGAUAAACAAGCUGGUGAGCGUCCGUGGUUUAAGGGGGCGCUACCGGCCUGAAGUUGGUGAUUUGGUGAUUGGUAGGAUUGCAGAGGUUCAAUCCAAGAGAUGGAAGGUCGAUGCGGGUGGUCGACAGCACGCGGUUCUGAUGCUUGGAUCUGUCAACUUACCAGGAGGAGUUCAGAGAAGAAAACUUGAAUCAGAUGAAUUACAAAUGCGAUUCUUUUUUCAAGAGGGUGACCUUCUCGUGGCAGAGGUUCAGGCGUUUUUCGGUGAUGGGGCCAUGAGCUUACACACCAGAUCGCUGAAAUAUGGCAAAUUACGAAAUGGACUCCUCGUGAAGGUUCCUCCUCAAUUGAUCCAUCGACUGAAAUCUCAUUUCCAUACUCUCUCAUGCGGUUUAGACCUGAUCAUUGGGAUCAAUGGUUGGAUCUGGAUAGCCAAAAAGCGCGAAUCUGCUCCAGAGGAUUCUAUGCAAGGAUCAGAGCAUGUAGAGGGAUUCGAAGUCACCACUGAAGACAUGUACUCUGACGUCAAUGAAGAGAUCGAUUACACUACACGGCUUACUAUCGCUCGAGUAGCCGCUUGCAUCAAUAUGAUCGCCUCAUAUUCGAUGCCGAUAUCCGACAUCACUAUCGGUCAAGCAUAU